UACAUCUUUGGCUUUGGCUCGCUGAUCACUCACCCCGGCUUCGACUACUCGGAGAGGGUGCAGCCGUGCUACAUCCGCGGCUGGCGUCGCGUGUUCCACCAGGGCAGCACCGACCACCGGGGCGUGCCAGAGGCGCCGGGGCGCACGGUGACGCUGGAGCGCUGCGAGGGAGCCGUCACGUGGGGCGCCGCCUUCCGGCUGGCGGGCGACGCGGAGCAGCGGCGGCGCACCUGGGAGUAUCUGGAGUGGAGAGAGAAGCAGUACGACCUCCGCCUGAAGGUCCCCGUCUACACCGCCGCCACCGGCGCGCGCCAGCCCCGCCUCGUGGCCCUCACCUUUGUGGCCACCGCCGACCGCGCCGCCAACCCCAACUUCCUGGGGCCAGCCCCGCUGGAGGAGGUGGCGCGCCAGAUUGCCACCGCGCGCGGCCCCAGCGGCCCCAACUCUGAGUACCUGUUCCGCCUGGCGGACGCCAUGCGGGGCAUGGGGGUGCAGGACGAGGAGCUGUUCGUGCUG